AUGGCCCCUUCAGCUUCGAAAAAAGGCGCCAAGGCCUCUGCGCCCCGAGAACGCCGCUCCUCUUCCCGCCAAAGCACCCCACUCUCCACUCCAGGCGACAACACCGCGCCUCCGACACCCCUUGCUGGAACACCCACCACCUCCGCGCCCGCAAUCACACCAACGCCAAGCCUCCCGAAAGAAACAGCUUACAUGCACACCUCCACCGCUUCGCUCGUCUCCACCGACCCCAGCAUCGAAGCGCUCAUCGACAAAUUCGGUACCGGCCCCAACCCGCCUUCCGCCAAAGACUUGCACAACCUGCACGACAGGAUCAAAGACGGUGUGCUGAAGACCGCGAAUAAGAGGAGUGAGGUAUGUGAUCGCUCGAUGCGACAGUUGGUUCAGAAGAGGAAAGAGCGCGCGCAGCGGGAGAACGAACAGGCGAUGGCGGACGCGGCGCGGGUGAAGGAGGAGGGCGAGGAGAAGAAGCGGAAGAAGGAGAAGAGUGGGAAGAAGAGAAGUGCGGGGGAGAUGAUGGAGGGGGCGGAAACGCAGGGAGAUGGUGGUGGUGAAGGUGGGGGUGUGAAGGGAGAGAGGAGGGAUAGUUUGCCGAGUGUGGGUGCGCAUGGGUUGGCGAGGCAGGAUGGGGUGGGCGUGCAUCAAGGAGCUCCGGCGCCACCAUCACCCGUCAUCGCACCCAAGACCGACACGGCAGACCUCAUGGAUGUUGCUGACUCUGGAUCUGAGUCUGACACUUCUCAACCUACUGCACCCACUUCGACAGCGCCAUUGUAUGAGCGAGCAUUCGGCAAGGACCCUACGUUAUUCGAUGACCCAACAGUCUACGACAUCAAAGACUUGACAGACGACAUGACGGACGAGGAGAAGCGCGGGAUACUGAACGUAGCGCAGUGGCCGGGCAGCGAUCUCAAGGACUUGACUGCUGGUGAUCCUCCGGAUAUGGACUUCUACAGCGCCACCAAGCCUACCAACCAGGUUCACUUUGGGACCUUCCAAACAUAUGUGGAGCCGUACAUUCGACCCUUUACAGAAGAGGAUGUCGCAUUCUUGAAGGAACGAGCAGAUCGAACAACUCCUUAUCUCAUACCGCAGCGAGGCGCGAGGACGUACAAAGAAGUUUGGGCAUCGGAAGACGGCAUGGACGGGAUUGCACCUCCUAGGAGGCAGGAGGCAAACCCCAACGAAGCGCGAGGAAGCAUGGACGAAAUGAACACCGACACCGCCGAAACCGACGAAGUCAGCAUGGGUCCCGUGAUGAAUCGCCUCAUGUCCAUCUUCCGCCCCGGCCCAAGUCUGCAAUCUAAGAACAAGAACAAAGACGAAGACGCCGAAGGCGGCGACACCUCCAUGCUCGACCCGGACGACCCACCCCCCGACCCCGCAACCUCCGCCGGUGCCGACGACCAAUCCGCCACCUACAAACCCCCCACCCACCUGCCCCCCGAGGCCCCGCGCCCCACCCCCCUCCACCCCUCCGACUACGCCACCCUCGACGCCCGCGCCCUGCAGGAACUCCGACACAUCGGCUUCCUCGCCUCGACCGACACCCCGGACUUCCCCGCCCACACCGACGACGAAGUCUCCGCCCGCUUACGCACGCUACAGCACGAGUUGCGACGCGUCUCCCGCGCGAACAACGUUCGCAAACUCCGCGUGCUGGAGUUGACAGAGGAGCGCAUGGCGAUGCAGGAAUACGCCAAUAUCGCCGACGACCUGGACAACCAAGUCAACGCCGCAUACCUGAAACGCAACCGCUCAUUAGCAAAACCCAAUUCCAAAAAAGGCGGCUCUUCUUCCUCCGCACGUCCUCGAACCCAAGCCACCGGCAUCGCGGGCGUAGGGCUAGGAGGCGGAAGGGGUGUGAGCGAGGGCGUACGCGCGUUGAUGCAGAAGCGCAGGGAUUGGAUCGAUAUGGUGGGGCCCGUGGUGGGUUGGGGCCGCCCGCCUAUUCCUGGGGAGGGGGAGACGGUUUUUGAUGAGGGGAGUUUGAGGAGGUUGGAACGGGUGGAAAGGGAGGCGGAGGCUGGGGAGGGGGAGGAGGGGGGAUGA